CCUGUUCACUCUCUCUUUAAAAACUCAUUGAUCGAUUCAACCAUGAAAUCAAACUAAUAAUCCCUCUACACUUUCAUUUCUUACUCAAAUUUCUCACUUGCAUUCUUGGUACAAUCUCUCAUUUCCAAAACUCCAAUCAAUCUCCGAAAUGCUAAGAAAACGACUUCAAUCAUUCUUUUCCACUUCAAUCCGCUCUUUCUCCAACCCCAACAUCCCCUCUUUUCCUACUAAAUCCGCAAUACCCAUCUCAAAUUUUUUCUUGAAAAGCUCAAAUUCUUCGAAUAUUUGCUCAAAUGGAGCGUUUUGGGGAAAUGGGUAUUCAACUACGAGGUCAUUUAGUAGUUUAUUAAGCUUGAAUGAUCUGAGAGAUAACCCAGGUGCAACAAAGCAGAAGAAGAGGAAAGGUCGUGGUAUUGGGUCUGGUUUGGGGAAGACUGCUGGGCGUGGUCAUAAGGGUCAGAAGGCUCGUGGGACGAUGAAGUUUGGGUUCGAAGGUGGUCAAACCCCGUUGCGCCGCCGCCUUCCCAAACGAGGGUUUAAGAACCCCUUUAGCCUCACUUUUCAGCCAGUAGGGUUGGGAAAGAUUGCAAAGCUUAUAAAUAUGGGAAAAAUUGAUUCAUCUGAGUUGAUCACAAUGAAAACUCUCAAGGAGGCUGGAGCUAUUGGGAAGCAGAUAGAGGAUGGAGUGAGACUGAUGGGACGUGGUUCAGAACAAAUAAUAUGGCCGAUCCAUCUUGAGGUGUCUAGGGUGACAGUAAGAGCAAAAGCUGCUGUGGAGGCUGCUGGAGGAUCUGUGAGGAAAGUGCAUUACAAUAAGUUGGGCUUGAAAGCAUUGCUUAAGCCUGAGUGGUUUGCCAAGAAAGGAAGGCUGCUCCCAAAAGCAGCACGGCCUCCACCAAAACUUGCAGAUAAAGUUGACAGUAUUGGGCGUUUACCUGCCCCAACAAAACCGAUACCUUUUGUUGUCAAUGAAAACGUGGCAGCUGCUCCCUCACCUUGCUGAAGACCAAAGUCACAAACUGUAUUUCUUUUGGUUCAGUUGAGAACAACAAGUUAGCAAUUAUAAAUCGGUCAAAAUAUGAUUCAUGGUCCUGUUUUAUUCUCUUCUAGCCAUUUUUUUUUUGUUUUCUCAAAUGGUUUCUUUUUAUGGACCGUUGAUACUCUGUUAAAUUGGCAGCUGAUUUCUCAUAUACGAGUCAGGGUAUCCCUUACAGAAGAAUAAGUCUUUUUGAAGUAUAACUAGAUAAAGAAGUGGAACGAUCUUAUUCAUGAAUCAGAUAUGGAACAAUGUGAUGGUCAAUUUCUAUUUGA